AACUUUCAUCUAACAAUCAACUCUCGCAAAAUUGAGAACUUUUCUUCCACCUAACAAAACGUCCGCUCUCAGAUGCCUCUUUCUGCAAGAAAAUCUGUGUUUCCAAUGCAAAGCUGAUUUAGAAAAAUUGGGAUAAUUUGUAGGAGUGCUCAAAUUGAAAAUACAAAUAUCUGUGUUCUAAACAGGUUAGCAACUAAUGAGACUACUGGAAAAUAAGAAUCUUGUGCAGAGUAUCUUAUCUACAAUCAUUGUUACUAUGAAUCACAUAGAUUGGCCGAACUGUUGAUUUGCUUCAUGGGUACAAGUUCUUUUGCAAUACAACAAUCUUGUGAGUGUUGGCAGUGAUUCUUCUGAAGUUCUAAGCUGUUUACAGGCAAUGAAUUUACAGUGGGCUAAAUUGGAAAAAUGAUGACAGAAGAGUGGAAAAAUGUGGGGAUUAAAAGCAAGAGGGUGCCUGACUGGCUUAAUAGUCCUACCCUGUGGUCAGCAAAACCCAUUUCGAUUAUUGACGAUGAUGAAGAACAAGAGAUGGAAGAAAACGUUUGUGCAAUAGUUGAAGAUGAGUCGCCCACCUGCACAUCAGCAUCAGCCAAUAAUCCAGAUGAUGGAGGCAUUCAAUCUGAAAAUGAGAAAAUUGGGGAAGUAACAACUCAGGGAGAAGCAAGUAAUAAGAAAUCUAAGAGUCAUAAGCAUGUGGGACAAUCUUCAAAUUCGGACUUGCCUUAUGUUUAUCAUCGUUCUUACCUCAGAGACUUGUUAUCUGAUACAAAAGUUGAGAGAUUCACCGAGGAGCUAUCGAAGAAGGUAAUAGACUUGACUGAGUUGCAGUUGCUGGCUAAUCAAGGAAUACCCGAUUACAGAGGACUUCGUGCAAUUGUUUGGAAGUUACUUUUAUGUUACUUACCAAAGAAUCGAGAUGCAUGGGAGAGAGAACUGGCUAAGAAGAGAUCAAAGUAUGCUGUCCUGAAACAAGAGCUUCUUGUGAAUCCGUCAGAAUUGACAAGAAAGUUGGAGACUUCUAGACAAAUAAAACAACUGGAUAGUAACGAUGAAAAGGGGCUUCUCAGGAGACAUGAAAUUAGCCAUGGAGACCAUCCACUUAGCCUUGUUGAAACCAGUGUCUGGAAUCAGUUCUUUCAGGACACAGAGAUAGCAGAUCAAAUUGAACGUGAUAUUAAACGCACACAUCCAGAUAUGCCUUUCUUCUCUGGAAAUUCUGUAUCAUCAUUGGAGAAUCAGGAUGCCAUGAAGCGUAUUCUGCUUAUAUUUGCCAAGAUGAACCGUUCAAUUCAAUAUGUCCAAGGAAUGAAUGAGGUCCUUGCUCCACUCUAUUAUGUAUUCAAAACAGACCCAGAUGAAGGAAAUGCAGUCCAUGCAGAAGCAGAUGCUUUUUCUUGUUUUGUGGAGUUGCUGAGUAAUUUUUUGGAUCAUUUUUCCCAAAAAUUAGAUAAUACUGCUGUAGGCAUCCGUUCUACAAUGGUACGAAUGACAGAACUUUUGAAAAUACAUGAUGAAGAGUUGUGGCGCCAUCUUGAUGCUACAACCAAGGUAAACCCUCAGUUUUAUGCAUUCAGGUGGAUUACUCUGCUUUUCACACAAGAGUUUAGAUUGCCUGAUUGUUUAAGGAUUUGGGAUUCACUUCUAAGCAAUCCUUAUGGGCCUAUGGACAUAUUACUCCGCAUAUGCUGUGCUAUGCUAAUGUGUGUAAGAAGCCGCUUAUUGGCUGGUGAUUUUACAUCAAAUCUGAAGUUACUUCAACAUUAUCCAUUGAUUGACAUCAACCAUCUCUUGCGUGUGGCAGAUGAGUUAAAAACAAAAUCUUAGAAUUUUUACACUUUAUUGAUAUUUGAUCAUUCAAAAUGUAAAGAAAAUGCUCGUUGAUUUCAAGUCCGUCCGAGUUUGUAUUUAUGAGAGAAUAACCCAAUUGAGAACAAAAAUCUGAUAGAACAAAAAUUAUAUGAUUGUUUUAUCAAUAAUUCAAUAAACAUGUUCUGUUUUUUUA